CAGGAGGCGCCUAGACUCUGUCUUUACCCCCCGGAGCUGGGUGUGUGUGUGUAGUGGAGCUGCUGCCGGGCUGUCAGGAUGGAAGCGGAGAGAGCUGCGGAUUUCCAGCUUUUCACAGAGAUUCACCGAGCGGCGCUGGAAACCUCUGGAGUGCCGCCGCUUUACUGGAAGAGUUUGCACCACAAACUCACCCACGAGGUGUUUGAUGCGGGUGAUGUGUUUGGGAUUAUGCAGUUGGAAAAUGAGGAUGUUGAUGAUGCAGAGAUAACCCAUAACCCUGGCACACCACCUGUUUACAGAGUCAUUAUCACCAAGGAUGAUGGCCUUCAGGUUGCAGAUGCUAAUAGCAUUUUCCUAAUCGAUCAUGCAUGGACAUACCGAGUGGAUCAAGCACGCCGGCAGUUAUGGGAGAUUCCUGGCUUACUCCACAGGCUGGCCAACCUCACUGGCAUCGAAUUCCAUGGUGAGGUUCCUGAUGAUGAUAUAAUUGAUGAGGUGAUGGCAGAGUUGUGGAGUUUCAGCCACACAUACCAGCUGUCCCAGGGGUCUGCUGAAGAACAAGUGCCAAUUUGGUACGUCAUGGAUGAAUUUGGAUCUCAAAUCCAACACUCAGAUGAACCAACUUUUCGGACUGUGCCAUUCUUUUAUGGACCAGGACAGUCUGCCUUCAAUUUGUUAUGGCCAUUGAGAGAUCUUGAACGUGGCGAAGAGGUAACGUGGGAUCAUGCCCAUGGCGAACAAAAUCCCCUCAUCAGAAAAUGCAGGCUCUUGCCAUGGGAGCCAGCAGAUUUGAGAGAAAUUAAUGCCAGUAUCAGUGAACCUCCAGAUGCCUAUUACAAGACUGUUCUCGCGGACAAUAAAGAACUUUUGCCACUUCCAAUAGAACCUUCAGUUUAUCAGAAAGAUAAAAUUUUCAAAGUGUAUACAGAAUUAAAGCAAGUGUUAGACAACUUGAAUUCCCCACGUUUUGAGUUCACAGAAAAUGAAAGUGAGGCAGACAUUCUUUACUUGUACCGCCACUUCAAAGACUACAGGACUUUGAGUGAGCAGAGGCCCCAUGUUAUAGUGAAUCAGUUUCCUUGUGAGAAUCUGGUGACAGUGAAGGAUUGCUUGGCUGCUGUUUCGAGACGAACUGGAGGAGUGAAUGGCCCAAGAUGGCUGCCCCUUACCUAUAACCUUUGCACAGAGCUACCUCAAUUUAUUAGCUGCUACCAACAACGCACAGACAGGGGAGAGGACAACCACUGGAUAUGCAAGCCUUGGAAUCUUGCUCGAGGUCUCGACACACACAUUACUGACAACCUCAACUACAUCAUUCGUCAAAGAGAGAGUACACCAAAGGUGGUAUGCAAGUACAUUGAGAAUCCAGUGCUGUUUGACAGAGAAGAUUUGGAAGGAUUGGUUAAAUUUGACAUCCGAUACAUUGUCCUACUUCGUUCAGUCCAGCCUCUGCAGCUGUAUGCGUACAAUGUAUUCUGGCUUCGCUUUGCCAAUAGGCCUUUCUCACUGCAUCAUUUUGAUGAUUAUCAGAAGCACUUUACUGUGAUGAACUAUGUUGAUGAAACUAAACUUAAACAGGUCCACUAUGAUGAAUUUAUUCCAAUGUUUGAGAAGCAAUACCCCAACUAUACCUGGAAAAAUACAGAGGAAGAAAUACAUAAAUCGUUUGUUGAACUGUUUCAAGUGGCUACAGCCAAAGAUGCUCCCUUUGGUAUCUGCAAUUAUUCGUCAUCCCGGGCAAUAUAUGCUAUUGAUCUCAUGUUGAAAUGGGACACUGAUAGUGAUGGAAAACCGAUCAUGCAGCCCCAAAUUUUGGAGGUAAAUUUUAGCCCUGACUGUGCCAGAGCCUGCAAAUAUCACCCCAGCUUCUUUAAUGACGUUUUCAGUGUACUUAUCCUGGAUGAUGUGGCUGGAUGCCCUGUCACUCGUUUGGUCUAAUGCUGAGGAGUCUCAUCUGUAAACAUCUGGAUUAUUUGCAAAGGUUUUUGCAAAUCUUGCAGGUGGAGGAAGAUGGUCAAAUCACUGAGAAAAGUUUGAAUAUCUUGAGACAUUAGCAUACAGAUCUUUCAACAAUUAAAGAUAUUCUGAAUGCUACAA